AUGAAGGAGAGUCUGGCACUGACCACGAAGCCCGCCGGCUUGCUGAUCCAACGAGUCCUGAUGGACCGUCCACAAGCUCUGCCACCGGGCGAUCAGAUGUCUCUGCCAGCCACCUUCGAGUCGCCUCUUCGUUCUAUACUUGUGUCAAGUCCGCCAACAGCUUCAGUCUCGGCGAAUACCGCCCUAGCGUCCUUGAGCGCGGCCAACACGACUAGGAGCAGUUCUGGCCCGUUUGCAGGCUUAGCCAGCGCCAGUACUCGACGGGCGACAUUUCGACCUGAAGACAUGAUGUCAAUGAGUUCGUCAGCAAGCCGUCCGCCUCUUAUGAGGCUCGAGAAGGACUUGGACGAUCCUGAAGCCAGCUCCUCAUCAAACGCUCACGAUGAGCACAGCUUGAACACUACGAUAGCUAGACUGUUCGUUACGAGCGACUCUGCAACUCCAGCCGCCAUUUCUCGAUUGCCAUCGCAUCUCAGAACUCUCUCAAACGUCGGCAGAAGCAUACAUGAGAACUCCAGUUUGACGAAUCACUUACUACUUCAAGGAUUUUCGGAAGGUGUACAUUCUGACAUAACCAUCAUAGCAUUUGGACAGAGAUACAGGCUGCACAAACUGCUUCUGGCUAGGAUUCCUUUCUUCCAAUCGGCAUUCUCAGGCCCAUGGGCAGAGAGCUCCGCAAGCGAGAUGGAGCUUCGACCAGAAGAAAUGGACUCGAAUAUAACGAAGACAGCCUUUGAGCUUGCCAUCAAACGGACUUACGGGUCGUCUUCACCAAUACAGGAAGAACAGGAAUCUAUUGGACUCUUUGCCACGGCAUGCUGGCUCAAUCUACCUGACGUUGUCGAAAAUUGCGUAGACUCGAUUCUUAAGCAAAUGCAGCCUUCUAGGUUGCAUGACUUAAUUCGCCUGGUCACCUCCAAUUUUUAUGGCAAGCCCGGCGACCGCAUCCUCGCGUCCGCCAAGGCUAUGCUGUACAGAGAUGGUUGGGAGAUGGAAUAUUCUGGCUGGGACAUGAUCCCCUCUGAGAUGAUCAAAGACAUUGUGGGCGGUGAUCCCUUCUUUGUGCCGUCCGAAUGGGAGAGAUGGUUCCUGGCGAGCAAAAUCCUAAACCGGAAACUCAGAAUCAAAGCCACUGAAGUUGGGCUGAUCUCAGAACACGGGACAUUCAUUUAUCCAAAACCAGUCUCAUUGCAAUUCAAUGCAAUUCGCUUCGAUACGACUUAUCGGAAUCGAUCAAUGCACAGCAGCGCUCGAAACAUCUCUGAAAAGGACGACCCUUGGCUCGCGCUGUACACAUCGCCCGAGAUUGCGCCACUUCUUGUCCUGCUUGACGAAGGAAUACAUUACAUGCACCUUCGCUUCGAACAGCUGCAACAGAUCAAGUCUCAUCGGGAUGUCUUUGGUGUUCCCAUCGUUGCUGAUGAUCUGAUAUCCAAUGCGCUCUGGAUGUCUAUGGAGCUUCGGCAACGUGUACUGAAUGCACACGAGAAUGACCUUGAAUUAGGGUUCCAACAAUAUGCCUAUGAAAACAACGAAUCCGCUCAAAACCACAGCAACCCUGCUGCAGACUACAAAGGAAAACGUCCGAGUGAGGAGCGAGAGCAAGAAACCAACGAACCAGACUCGGAGAGUUGGGAUGGAAAUGCUCAGCCAAGAAAGUUCUGGAUCCCAAACGAGGAUACAUCAUACAUGAUGGGCGGCACCAGGGAAGCGCAGGCUGCUGCUAUUGGUUCAGCGACGGACUGGAAUCAUCAGGCAACUUCACGACUUUCUGCCAGUCUCGAUGCAGCAGAUGUGAGCUGGGCCACAGAUUUUCUGUCCGAGGGCGGCCGACCACUGUCCCAGAAUCUGAGUAGUGGCGGUCCACCGAGGUACUCUCGUUUCCCACCCUUCCGCUUUGCCGCCGAGUUUCCUCACACUCGAAGCCUGAAGGACAAGAAACGCAUCUACUCAAAGACUUUGUUCUAUGCCGGAAGUCUGUGGAAUGUAUACAUUCAGCGAAUCGCGAGCUCCAAGACUCAGCAAUUGGGCAUAUAUCUACACCGUGCCAAAGAAAGCUCUCCAAUUGACGAACCAGGUGGCCAUCUGGCAGGAGCCAGCGUCGACGACCGCAUUGGCCAUCUCGAACGAGAGAUGCUGCUCAGAAAGACACAGAGACGUAGCAGGUCACUGCAAGACAUCGACCCACAGACUUCAUCAUCUGAGGGGCCACACGACGAUAAUAGUACUCCGAAAGGAGACGUGCUCGAUCGCGCUCGCAAGGAGGCAAGGUCCCCCGAGUUCUGGUCCGACUCCUUGCGAAACACGACGACGAAUGUCACAAGGCUGUUCGACUCGGACGAAGAGGACGACGAGCUGCUACGAGCGACACACCAGACUAGCGUUCCCACCAUACAGCCUUACGUCGAUACGCGUCCGACGAUCAAGAGCUACUUUAAGAUAUACAGCCCAGACAAAGCUGGUCUGUCAAUGAGUGUAUACGAGUCGGCGCCCGAGAAAUUUGUUGUGAGUAAGAGCUGGGGCUGGAAGAGCUCUCAGAUGGUUCCCGAAGAUGGCAGUCUCCCCUACGAUCUUGCUCAUCCUUCUCGAGGAUCCAGCCUUCGGUACAUGGUGGUCAUUGGCAAUGUUUGA